GCCGGAAUACUUGUUAUGGGUGUUGGAAUCUUUGCUAGUGGUUCUUUUAUGAGAAAAUUCAAACCAAAUGCACAAUUCGUAGCCAGGUGGAUAGCUGCAGCAGCUCUUGCUUAUGCAAUUGGCAUGUUUAUAUUGAUGUGGUUGGGCUGCCCUCUUAACAGCUAUGUUGGACUGAAUGUUGAAAGCUCUACGAUAAAAAACGAGCAGAUAUCUUGCAACGUUACUUGUGAAUGCAGGUCUGGAGAAUUUGCACCGAUUUGUACCAGUGAUGGUGUAACUUUUUUAUCUCCCUGUUUAGCUGGUUGUACAACGGUAAAAGGUGUUCGCAGCGAACAAUAUUAUUAUGGAGAAUGUUACUGCCUGGGUCCAAAUGUCACAGCCACAAAUGGUUUUUGUCCUUUAAAAUGUGACAACCUUAUAUGGUACAUCAUCAUAUUUUCUGUAUUUGUUCUCAUACAUUCCACAUCUGAAGUCGGAUCUAUGCUUCUUACGUUGAGAUGUGUCGAUCCUCAAGACAAGGCUAUGGCAUUGGGACUUAUAUCAUUUGCCAUCGGAUUAUUUGGUAAUGUGCCUUGCCCUAUUAUUUAUGGUGCUGUUGUAGAUUCUGCCUGCCUAUUCUGGGAGAAUAACUGUGGAGAACUAGGAGCGUGUCGAGUAUACGAUCCAGCCAAAUUCCGUAUGGUCUUCCAUGGAGUGACGGCAGUAAUCAUGAUGGUGGCAUUCUGUGUUGAUAUAGCUGUGUGCAUCAAAGCAAAAUCUAUUCAUUUUAAUGAAGACGAUGAUGAAACCGACGAUGCUGAAGAAACAGUACCGAUGAACAAUGUCCAAUGUACACAAUUUGAAACGAGUGUAUAAAGGAAAAAAAGUGACAUUUUCUUUAUUCGUUUUGUAGAUUAUGAUCCAUUUUCGAGGUGCUAUUAAUGUACCCCGUGUCUUCUAUGUAUAGAAAUUAUUUAAGUGACAAAUCUUCGCUCAACUUUAUAUAAAUAUGCCAUAUAACAACGGCUCAAAACAUGCUAUAAAAAAGUAAUACAGAAAAAAAAUCAUUCGCGUUGUAACUUUCAUAAAUCUAUGUAAAUAUGGUCAAAGUGUAUAUUAUAUUUACAUUUCUGAAAUGUGUUGUCAAUUUGUCUCUAAAAAAAUCUCACAAAAAUUGUUAUAAUGUUUGACUGUAAAUGAAGUAAUUUGUUAGAUUUCUAAAUAUUUAUUCAGUUGAUUUAUUUGAACAUAUUUUAGUUUCCUAACUUUAGUAUUAUUUGAAAACAUUUCUUAACCGUUCAUACUGUUUUUUUUUCUUUUUUUUAAAUAAUAAUAUUAUUAUUUUAAGGAACGAUAAUCUAUUAUAAUAAGUCCCAUUAGAAUGAAGGGGGAAAAAACCACAAAAAUCAAUAUAUAUAUUUAUUUAAAAAUAUAUAAUUUUAUAACUUCUUAAUCUUCGUACAUUCAUAAUUUCUAUGCUUCAAGGUUUUAAGUCAUCUCAUUAUACAGAAUAAAACCUUGAAUCUCAUAAUUCAUCACUAAUAAUAUGAAGAAUAGAUUUAUUAGUUUAUAAAUAAGAAGAAUUUUCCGAUCUAGUCUUUAAUGAGUGAAUAGACAAGAUUGGAAUAAAGAGAAAUGUCUAACAAGGGAGUAUUGUAUAAAAGUACAGACUAGAAAUUAUUUUAAUGAAGGUUAAAGAAUGAUUGUAAUGUGUAUUGUGUACAAAUGAUUAUGUUCCUUUCAAACCAAACUUCAACAUUUAUACAAUACAGGUGCUAUACUGUGAUUUUAAUUAUUUUAUUAUUAUUAUUUUUUAUUUUAAAAUCGAUAAAUGGACAAAAACAAAUUUUGGCACUGUACAUCUUCAAAUUCAAUUCCACCAAAAACUUCAUGUCCUUCUAUCAACUUUUUCUCUAAAAUCGA